AUGUCAUCAUUACUUAAGGAAGAAAUGCAGAAGAAGAUAUUUAGACCAGAUGGACAUCAUUUGGAUGAGUUUAUUGAAAUAGUUUAUUCUGCACAAGGAAGAUAUUUUUUGUGUGUAUCAGUGACAAAGGGCCAGGAAGUACAGAUAUCUCUGCUGAAACACACCAGAUCCAAUUUGGAUGACAAAUAUGAGAAAACUGAAACAUGGUUACUUAAAGACCUGCUGUUGCUUGAUGGAAGAGAUUCAGAUACAGACAACCCACACUUUGACAUGCAUUAUGAAAAAAUGUACACUUUGGAAGCCUUGAGCUGUGCUGCCAAAUAUGCCUUUGCUCGCUGUUUGGUACAGCUUAGCAGGAGAUAUUACAAGAAGGAGCUUAAGAUUGUGAACUUUGAUACAGCCUACACUGAACCCACAUCCCUAUCAUCAAAUAGGGGAGACUGCAUGGUUUUAAUGCAGAUAUGUUUUUAUGCUUUCAAUCUUGUGUGUUUAUCAUUAUGUCCUGUAUCCUAGUGUGGGUUAAAAACUUCUGCUGUUAAAUAUUGCAAGUGUUUGGCCAGUUACAAAGGUGUUUUAUUUACGGUGUUUGUAACCAAUAAGAGUUGUAUGAUAUUUUUUAUGUUUGAAAAUAUAAAAGUGCACAUUGUGUGUAGAGACUCAAAUGUACAGUAGUUUAACCCGUCUUUCUCAUGCCUUAAGCUUCAACACCAGUUUUGGGUUUUUAAUCAUUAAAACUGUUGCUGUAGCUAGUUUUCUUCUUUUUCCUUCCGAGUUUCUAUCAAAGGAAGUUCUUAGUCAAACCACAGUAAAUAGUGUCCUGGCUUUUGAUGGUGUAGUGUCCCUUCAGAUUGAGGAUAUCUACAGCAGGUAAUGGCACACAUUUCAUCCUCACAUUUGCACAAAUGUCCCAUUAUAACUUAUCUCGGUGUGUGAAACUAGCCUGAAUAAUGAUUCAGGCAAGCCUGAAAAACAUUUCUUUGUGUUGGGACUGAAACCUAAAA